GGUCCAGUUAUGAGCGAUUGCUGUCGGGCCCGGAUAUGGACGAGGACGAACGGAUGCUUUCUGAUGACCUCACUAACGGGGGAGGAGGGGGGAGGGGGGGGGAGGAUGAGGUUCCCUCCCCCCGGGUCGCCCCCGCCCUGUUGUCCUAUAGAGACGGGGGGGGCAGCGAGGACCCCUCCUGGAGAGGAGGCUCCAACACACACCUAGACGGCACAGAUGACAGGAGAGAGUGUGAGGCUGUGGAGGGGAACAGUGCAGCAGAGAGUCUGGACGUCUCCGAGCUCGAUGACUUCUUCCUGAAGCGUAACCAUGACGACGACAGUCACCCGGGAUCCAUCGCAGAAUACCUGCAGCGCAGCGACACCGCCAUCAUUUACCCAGAAGCCCCGGAGGAGCUGAUGCGCCUGGGAACACCUGAGGCCGCCGGGCAGGACGAGAGCGAGCACGAUCUCCUCUCAGGGUCGGCGGACGACUUCUCGGCGAUGCUCACCUGUCCGUUCUGCAAUCGAGGAUACAAGCGCCUCUCGUCUCUGAAGGAACACAUCAGGUACCGACAUGAGAGCCUCCAGGAGAGAGAGAGCUUCACCUGCCCCACCUGCAGCGACACCUUCAGCCACCAAGCUCACCUGGAGCGUCACAUGACCAACCACCGACCAACCACAGAGCAGGCGCUGAUCGGCGAGGCCGCAGGAAACAGGAAGUUCAAAUGCAGCGAGUGUGGGAAAGCCUUCAAAUACAAGCAUCACCUGAAGGAGCACCUGCGCAUCCACAGUGGGGAGAAACCCUACGAGUGCUCUCACUGUAAGAAGAGGUUCUCUCACUCCGGGUCCUACAGCUCCCACAUCAGCAGUAGGAAGUGCAUCGGCUUGAUCUCGCGGACCGGAUCCAAACCUGGAUCCAGACCCGGGUCCUCCCCCAGCUCCAGCACCUCCUCCCCGGGGAGCCCGGCCCUCGCUCAGCUGAGACACAAGCUGGAGUCCCGGGGGCCCCUGGAGCAUCGGGGGCCCUUGGAGCCCCCCGACCAGCAGCCGGAUAUCAAGGCCGAGCCGCUGGACUUCAACGAGUACCGGCUCCUGAUGGCCCAGCACAGGUUUGGGGGUCCGGGGGUCUACUUGAACGGGGGGGUCCAUAGCUCCUCCCAGAACCCCCUGCUGGGCCUGGGGGGCCGGGGGGGGCUGGACCUGCUGGGCCUGGGGAACCUGUGCGAGGUCCAGAAGGUGCUCCAGAUCGUGGACAACACGGUGACCCGGCAGAAGGUGGACGGGAACCCGGAGGAGGUCCAGAAGGUCCGGGCCUACAUGAAGGAGCUGGGGGCCCAGAUGGAGGGGGGGGGCAGCCCCACCAAGACCAUCAUGGACUUCACGCUGCAGAAGGUGAACGAGGCCAGGAACCUCAUCGAGUCCAAGAUGAACUUCAAGAAGGAGAAGCCCAGCCACUUGGGGGGGCGGGAUCCAGAUGGGCAGAACCACUUCCUGUUCUGCUGUCAGUUCUGUAAGCAGGCCUUCCCAGGGCCCAUUCCGCUGCACCAGCACGAGCGGUACCAGUGCCGCAAGAACCAGGAGAUCCAGGCGGUGCUGCAACCGGAUAGCAGCCCCCCCGAGGGGUCCACCACCGAGACUGCCACCAGCCCCCCCCACCCCUUCAAAGACCUGGUCUCUCUGCUGAGGAACUACUUUGCACUAAACAGCGAUCCCAGUCCAGACCAGCUGCUCCAGAUCUCCCUCGCUGUGGGGCUCCCGCAGGACUUUGUGAGGGAGUGGUUCUCUCAGUGGAGGAACCAGAACCAGCAGGGGGGGGGUCUGAAGAGGAAGACCCCGACCCCAGACCUCUGCCGGUCCCCCAUGAUGCACUUCACUAACGGAGACGCUUCCCAUAGACUCAGUAAGACCUCCAGGCCGACCGGGGGGGAUUCUCUGGACCCCCUGAGGACCAACACUCCCUCCCCCCUCAACCUGUCCUCCACCUCCUCAAAGACCUCCUACACCCCCAACAGCCUGGCCUCAGAUGACCCCCCUGGGGACUCUCCCCUCGACCUGUCACUGCCCAAACACCUGGUCCAGAAGCUGCUGUCCAAGAGGCCCCGGGUCAACGGGUUCAGUGAGGACCUGGUCCACAUCAAGAAGGAGGUCUCGGAGGGGGGCUCCAGUCCCCUGUUCGGGAUGAACCUGUUCUCCGGAGGCCCGGUCUACUCCUCGCUGCACCCCCACGGAGCGUUCCCUCCGCCCAGCUUCCUCUCCGCGGCCCAGGUCCCGGGCCUCAGCUCGUACCCAGGUCUGGACCCCCUGAGCUUCCUGCCCCACAUGGCCUACAGCUUCAGCUCCUUCAACGACAUCCAGCAGAGGAGGAAGUACCAACGGAAACCUGGGUUCCAGGUGGAGUUUCCUGACGGGGACUUCCUGCUGGACGAUGUGUCGGACAGGAAGCUGAAGAAGACAGAAAGUGGUACGUACGCCUGUGAGCUCUGCGACAAAACAUUCCAGAAGACCAGUUCCCUCCUCAGACACAAAUAUGAGCACACAG